AUGAUUUUGUUUACUCUCCCACAUACCCUACCUAUUAUUACUGCCAUAGUUAAUGAAUCAAUUUUAAAAGGCAUAGUUCCCAAUCAAUGGAAGAUAGCACUAAUUACACCCAUAUCCAAGGUUACCCAACCAAAUGAUUUAAAGGAUCUCAGACCUAUAAAUAUUUUACCGUUUUUGUCCAAGAUCUUAGAAAAAGCCGUAAAUGAGCAGUUACUUGAAUAUGUUGAAGCGAGCAACAUACUUCCAAGUUUACAGUCGGGUUUCCGGAGGGGACGUGGUACUAUAACAGCAUUAUUAGAUGUUACUGACAAUUUAUUAAUUGAGCAGGAUGGAGGAAGAGGCUCAUUACUGACCCUUCUGGAUUUCUCUCGUGCAUUUGAAAGUUUAAAUAUUCCUUUAAAUCCUAAUCAUGAACUAGUUGUUUGGGAGAAAUGGAUAAAGAUUCGUAAAGAAGAGACAGCGCGACUUGGUGAGAGGACUAAUAGACCGCCAAUUGAUUUAACAAUGAAUUUAUUGGAAAAAGUACGAGAAGACAAAGAGCGUAAAAUUGUAUUAGAACAUGCGCAGAUAGAGAAAAAGGCAACGGUAAGAGAUACGUUAUGGGAACAACCUGUUAGACUAAAGCAAAAAUGUUACUGCAAGCCAGCAUAUGAAGUGCAUAGAACUCCAGCUGAAAUGGGUUAUCCUACUGUUAUUGAACAUGUUGGAGUACCAGAAUAUAUUAAAAGAAAUGAAAAAGGUUUAACUGGUGUGCCAAAACGAAAACCAUGUAAUCAACUUAAUACUAAUUAUGAAAAGUUUAGACAAAAGCGGGAAAAUGAAUUGACUGGAAAAAUUCAGGAAAUAGAUCCAUUCAGACCAGACAUGAGAAAAUUAAUAAUAAAAGGCAGUAAGCCCAUACUGCCACCAAGGAAGAUGCCUCCCAUACCUACAAUUAGCGUAACUCCAUCUAUACCAAUGGAAUAUACAACAUGUGGCAUUUGUGCUAUUAGAAUCAAUAAUACUGUAAUAUUUAAAGAUAAUCGUGACCAAAAUUUAAAAAAUAUAAAGAAAAUGCAAAAAGAAAGCUGGCAUGAGUCUUGUACAUCAUGGACAUAUUAUUUCAAAGUUCCUCUAAAAAGAGCAGGAAGAAGUAAAUUACUGUUAGAGAAUCUUGGAACUGUUACUCUUAGAUAUUGUUGGAAGAAAAUUAAACAAUCAAUUCCAUUUGCACCAGAAGAUAAUAAUACUCAAGUUUUCUUUUUCAAUAAAAAUGAAGAUGUUUUAUCACCCGGACAGAGCAAAUAUCUAUACUUUACAUUUAUAUCAGAAAAAGCUGGCAUAUACAGUGAAUUUUGGGAACUUAGCUUUUGUAAUAUUUGUUUUUUUGAUACUUUAGCAGAUAAGUUGAUUAUAAACUUACAGGGAGACUCUGUUGAAAAUAUGGACAAUAUUAAAAGAAAAAUAGAAGUAUUAAAAAACAAAUUAAACAAAAAAGCCAUAAAUAAUAUAGUAAAAAGUUUAUUAGAAGGUAUUGUUCACAAAUCUACAAUAACAGACCCACAGAUAUAUCCUUAUAAAAAAAUGUUAUUGGAAGCAGAAAUAUUUCAUAUGAAAAAUCCGAUAUGCUUUUAUCACCAAACAGAGGUCACUAAAAUGAAAGAUGUAUAUACGGAAAUGGUGCCAGGUGAACUAUGGGAUUUAUCAAUUAGUAAUUGGAGGCAGGCAAUGAUGGAAAAAGAAUAUGAUGAAAGAAUGAAAUUUUACGAGUUGCUUAGAAAGUCUCAUGCAGAGUUACUGAAGCCUUGGUACGAAGGCGAGGAUCUUUUGACAUAUAAAUAUAGAGCUACGAAAAUGUUACUAGGAAAGAUGGCCGAUAGUUUUGAUGUCAGCUAUAUGCGUAUUAUAGAUGUCACUAAUCAUACAAGCGAAAUCACAAAGCAGCCAGAUCUUGCUAAAAGUGAUCACAGACUUGUUUCUUUAUCUACAGAGCCUCUGAUCCAAAAUACAAUUCGUAACUUAUUCUAUCUACGUGCAUAUGAACAUGUUGCGGUAACUAUUGAAUCAAUAGUCGGAAUCUUGAGUAGUUUAGAAUUGAACAAAUGGAUAGAUUUUGACUUUUGUCGUUAA